AGGAGCGCAAGAUUAACGUUUCCUCAUCUUCGUGACUUUCGACUCGUGCGGGUGCAGGACCAUCGCCGAGUCUUCGCUCACCCACACAACUUCCUCAUCCAACAAGGCAUCAUCGACCCAUCGACGACGCUGCGCUUCGCGUCUCUCUCAGUGGAGCCCGCACUAGGGCAUCAGCUGACUGCUGCCGCGUUCGAGCUGGAAGGGAAGGCGGCUGAGCUGGUGCAGGUGGACAUGGACGGCAAGCAGAGGCAGAGCUUUGUGGAGCGGGAGCAGGAGUAUCAGUUCGGGAUAGCGACGUUCACAGACAUCAGAGGGGAGGGAAGGAGGGAGGGGGUCUUAUGCCUCGCCAACGACGACUCUUCCAUCCCCGAGGAGACGAGGAGGAAGCUCAAAGUGCCGCUGGUGUGGGGGUGGGGAGAGAGGUCGGGGCUGGAGCCAGCAUGGAUCUACCUGCGACACUGUAUCCUUGCCUGCCGCAAAGGAGGAGAGGAAGCGGAGAGAAGCUUCUUGGACGAGACUUUCCUCGUCGACAGGAAGACAACCAUAAGGGACUAUCUCCAGCUUCACCCCGAGGUGCUGGAUUCCUCCCCUCCUCCUUACCUCGAAAGCCGCUUCAAUGGUUGA